GGUAUUCUGAAAGUGAAACCCAAGAACCUCGUACAUGUCCUGGUUUUACUGGUGAAUCAAGUCAUUAUCGGGCUCGAAUAAGAAAAACCCAAUUCGUAAAUCCAAAAGCUAAUAAUCGUGUUUUUCAAGAUAUAAGUGGUGAACAAAAAAUAAGUGAAGAAAUGAAACGAUUUAGUGAAAUUGCAAAUAUAAAGAGAAUCAAAUUUAUUAAAGCUAAACUAUUUAACAAAACGGUAUUGGAGAUUUGGUAUCUAAUACCUAUAACAUGUGAAAAGGCAGAUUUUCAAAAAACCGAAAGCUCUUUAAUAAAAUCACAACUUUCAUCUAUUAUUAACUCUUUAAUUCCUUUUUUAGAUGAUUUUGAUCGUUCACGUUUUCGAGGUUUAUCGAGUAAAUCUCGUAACGAUUUAAUAAAUAUUCUUCGAGAGAUUAGAAGUAUAGUGACUGAAAAUAGUAUUAAUAUUGGCAGUGAAGAAUAA